AUUUCCUUCGCGUGUCGUCGGUGAGAGGAGCUGUGGUGGGUUGUGAAGUUCGGCUAUCAUGGCGGAAAUAAUUCAGGAACGUGUAGAGGAUCGACUUCCCGAAUUACAGCAGCUAGAGCGCACUGGACUCUUCAGUCAAAUGGAGAUUAGGGCAAUCAUUAGGAAAGCUUUAGAACUAGAAUACAGGAUACAGCGAAGAAGUCUUUUAAAGGAUGACUUUAUCAGAUACGUUCAGUAUGAAAUUCAUCUUUUGGAGCUGAUCGAGAAACGGAGAACUCGCGUUGGAUAUACAUUUAAGAAGGAUGAGAUUGAGGAUCCUAUAAUACAUCGGAUACAGAGUGUCUUCCGACGUGCAUCAAUUAAGUGGAAAGAUGAUGUUCAACUUUGGCUGUCUUUUAUAGCCUUUUGUAGGAAGUGGGCUGCCAAGGUUCACCUUAGCAAGAUAUUUUCUUCCUUGUUGGCCAUUCAUUCGAACAAGCCAGGUUUGUGGAUUUUGGCGGCCAAAUGGGAACUGGAAGACUGCUUGUCUUCAGAAAGUGCAAGACAGUUAUUUCUUCGGGCUCUGCGCUUUCACCCACGUUGCCCAAAACUUUAUGAAGAAUACUUUAGGAUGGAGCUGAUGCAUGCUGAAAAAUUGAGGAAGGAAAAGCAAGAGUUUGAAAAAGCCAACAUGGAUGUGGGGAGUCUCGAGCAUGCUGAAGAAGUCCUUACGGGCGAGUUGGCGCGGAUCAUCUAUAAGAAUGCUAUAAGUGUAAUUAAAAGUGCAAAAUUUCACGUGUCACUGCUUUCAGUUGCACAGCUGUUCGACUUUGCCAAAGAUCUGCAAAGAGAAAUUUACAAUGACCUUAAGGCUCUGCACACAGACGACCCCCUCACUUGGGACUAUGUAGCCCGGCAAGAAUUGGUGAUUCAGUCACAGCCAGGAGAAGAGCUGCCUGCAACCAAACAAGCCAAAGCGAAGGAGGUGGGCCGCCGGGAGGAGAGGUGCUGUGCUGUGUAUGAGGAGGCGGUAAAAACUGUGCCCACAGAGGCUAUGUGGAAGUGUUACAUGAACUUCUGCAUGGAGAGGUUUACUAAGAAGACAAGCAGUCGCCUCCUCAGAAAGAAGAGGCUGGAAAGAACCAUGGCUGCAUUCCGGAAGGCACAUGAGCUCAAACUUUUACCAGAACUCCAGUACAGGCAGCUGAGCACGUUGUUGCUGCAUCGCCAGUUGUUAAAGGAAUCCCUGGAGGUGGCAGACGCUGGGGUGAAAUUGUUCAGGAAAUCAGUGGAGAUGUGGCAGGUGAAGCUGGAGGCCCUGAUUUCGUCAGAGAGCCACGAGAUGGCCAAGGGUUUUGACCAAGCCUUUGCGUACCUGAAACCUCAGAUGUGUCUUCCGUUGUGGCUUACUUGGGCCCAGUGGAGUGAAGAUGCCGGAAAGCAAGAAGAAACUGAAGGAAUCUAUAAGAGAGCUAUCUUCCGUCUCUCAGGAGCUGACUCAGUCCCUGUGAAGGAAAAGUAUCUGAAUUGGGCUUAUCGAAGUGGUGGUUACAAAAAGGCUAGAGAUGUGUUUAAAAGUUUACAGGAAAACCGUCCAUUUUCAGUUGAUUUUUUCAGGAAGAUGAUCCAGUUUGAGAAGGAGCAAGAAUCCUGUAAGAUGGAGAACUUAAGAGAGUAUUAUGAGAGGGCUUUGAGAGAAUUUGGAACUGAUGAUUCUGAUCUCUGGAUGGAUUACAUCAAAGAAGAAUUGAACCACCCGCUUGGUAGACCUGAGAACUGCGGACAGCUCUACUGGCGAGCCAUGAAAAUGUUGCAGGGAGAGGCAGUAGAGCAGUUUAUGGCUAAAAAUGCUCUGCAUCAGGCCGGCCGUUUGUGAAAAGAGGAAGAGCACAGUCACCUUUGUCAAAUAGUGCUGUAAGCCCUCCAGGCAGAUUUGUUUUAUGCAGUCAUCUGCAGUUUGCUGAGAUGGUGUCUCAUUUUGAGGCCUGCUUUAAUUUUGUUGACGUGUUAAUCUUGAAUUCCAGAAAAGAGAAGUGCUGCUUAAUGGCCAGAAGCCAGUUGUUGAGGCCAGACCUGUGUAGAUCCUAAAUGUUUUUCAGAAUACAUGGAAACGAUGUAACUGAUCUUGUUUUACUACACCUUGUCAGGCUUGAGUAGCUCUAAUCUAGACCUCAGGUUCAGUUAAAAUGGAGACGAAAAUACAGUUCUGUUUAUUUUCUCCUUAUAAAAGUAUAUGUGGUGUGCAUUUAGUGUGAAAGUAUGGAGGGGACAGAGUAAUUUUGCAAUCUUGUCAUCUGGACUUAAACUCACUGGUAUGAUUUCCUUUGUUAGAAUUGGAUUUAUACUGUUAGAUCAUUCAUUCAUUGAGUCCCUGUCAUGAGCAAGAAAGAAGACAAGCUUUUGGGAUGGAAGUGGGGGUUAAAGGUGUAGAGCUGAUGUCCUGAGUUGGUUGAAGCAGCAGAAUAGGAUGCUAGGUAUUAGGGGGAAAGUUAUCCUUUAAGAAGAUUUUAAGAAAUUACAAAAGUGUUUUUGUCUCUGGGACUGAUCUGGAGAGAAAUGUUUGCACUGGAGAGACCCAGUAACAAGGAAAGGCAGGGGUAGGGAGUAGCUUAGAAAGAGAAGGGCUUCAGAGGCAAGGAUGGAGGGUAGCUUACAGCGGAGACGGGCAUUCCUGGAGAAGAAGAAGCGGUUGUUUGAGUUGUAUAUCCUUUAGCGUAACAUGAUGUUACUGGGAAAAGCAUUCAGUACAGUUUUACUUACAGUGUUUCACUUAAUAUUAUGUUGUUUUCCAUGUUAUGUCCAUGUUAUAAGUAGCCUUGAAAACGUGAAAUAAAUCCACAGCAUUCCAUUGA